CGUACCACCACCCGCACUUCUUAUUUCUCGUCUUUGUCAACACUCUCUUUCUCCUUUUCCUCACUCAUACCCUCCUUCUCACCUCCCACGGCCCGGCCCCCUCCUGUAUCGAUAUGAAGCUCCCUCUCCUCAAGCUCCUCGCGCUCCUCCCCGCGGUCCUCGCCGCCAGCGACGUCAUUGACCUCACCAAGGCCUCGUUCAAGACCGAGAUUGACACUGCCGACCUCGCCCUCGUCGAGUUCUUCGCCCCAUGGUGUGGCCACUGCAAGAACCUUGCGCCCCACUACGAGGAGGCUGCUACCAUCCUCAAGAAGAGCGGCAUCAAGCUCGCCAAGGUCGACUGCACCGAGGAGCAGGACCUCUGCGGUGACUUUGAGGUCAACGGCUACCCUACCCUCAAGGUCUUCCGCAACGGUACCCCCACCGAGUACAACGGUCCCCGCAAGGCCGACGGCAUCGUCUCGUACAUGAACAAGCAGAACCUCCCUGCUGUUACCGAGCUCACCGCCGAGACCCACGACGACUUCACCAAGGUCGACCCCGUUGUUGUCAUUGCCUACGGUGACAAGAAGAACGCCAUCCCCGCCUCGUUCGAGGAGUACGCCAACUCGGCCCGUGACAACUUUGUCUUUGGCAAGUUUGAGGGCGCUCCCCCCGCCUCGGCCCCCAAGAAGGCCAAGGCCGGCUCGAUUGUUCUCUACCGUGACUUUGACGAGCCCGUCAUCUUCGCCGGCAAGAGCGCCGAUGUCAAGAAGGAGGACCUCGCCGAGUGGGUCAAGACCCAGUCGCUUCCCAUCUUCGCGGAGCUUGGCCCCGAGAACUUUGGCGCCUACGCCGAGCACGGUCUCCCCAUCGCUUACCUGUUCGCCGACCCCGAGGACGUCAAGGGCCGCACCGCCAUCACCGACUCUCUCAAGGACAUCACCUCGACCCUCCGUGGCCUUAUUAACUUUGUCUGGAUUGACGGUGUCAAGUUUGCCGACUACGGCAAGUCGCUUGGUGGCAAGACCGACAAGCUCCCCGUCUUCAUUGUUCAGAACCUCGGCACCCAGGCCAAGUACGUCCUCGAGAAGGAAACGACCGCCGCCAACAUUGAGAAGUUCGUCAAGGACGUUGUCGACGGUGUCGCCAAGCCCUUCGUCAAGUCUGAGCCUAUUCCCGAGUCGCAGGACGGCCCCGUCUACCACCUGACCAACGCCGGCUGGAACAACCUGUUUGACGACAAGGAGAAGGACAUCUUUGUCGAGUUCUACGCUCCCUGGUGCGGUCACUGCCAGCGUCUUGCCCCCAUCUGGGACCAGCUUGGCGAGGAGUACAAGAACUCUGGUGUUGUCAUCGCCAAGAUGGACGCCCAGGAGAACGACCUCCCCGCCGACACUCCUUUCCAGAUCCAGGGCUUCCCUACGCUCAAGUUCCGCGCCGCUGGCACCACCGAGUUCAUUGACUACGCUGGCGACCGCUCUCUCGAGAGCCUCCAGGAGUUCAUUGUUGAGCACGGCAAGACCAAGUCGGCUGCUGAGAAGCGCGCCGCCGCCGACUCUAGCCUUGACGAGGAGUUCGAGUCUGCUGUCGCCGACGCCAAGGAGCCCAAGGAGUCUGCUGCCCACGACGAGCUCUAAGCUUGUAGUACUGUAUACCAAAACCACAUAUGCACCGCAUCGAUAGUAGCA